AUGCAAAAAAAACUUACACAUAAACUUGUAUGUUAUAUAAUCUCAUAUGCCGAACCCAUUCAUAUAGUUGAAGAUAAUAAUUUUAGACUUUGGGCAAAAAGUCUUGAUCCUCAGUUUGAAAUACCAUGUGUUAAUACAAUUAAAACUAUUAUAUUUAACUUCUAUAAUUCUACAAUAAACCAAAUUAUAGAUCUUAUUUCAAAAACAUCAGAUACACUUACAGAUUCAUUUGAAUUGUACAAGGUCAUAUUUAAUAUAGGAGAGUUGGACGAACAUAAUGCAUCUGAUAUUAUUGAGUCAGUUAAUUCAGUUUUUAAUAAAUUUAAUAUUAAUCAUUCAAAGAUCUUUACUAUUACUACAGAUAACAGUUCAAAUAUCAAAUCUGCAGUGCAAGAAUUAAAUAUUACUAACGUAAAAUGCGUUGGACAUAUACUUCAAUUAAGUGUUAAUUUGGGUUUAAAGGAAGUUGAUGAUCUUAUUUCAAAAUGGUUAAAACAACCUUUAGAUAUUAUUAAAGAUGUGAAUACAUAUUGGAAUUCCAUCUUUUAUACUAUUAAAUGUCUUAUGCAUUUAAAACCUGCCAUUAUACAAUUAUACUCAACUCUUACUAAUCAUACUAUUAAAGAAAUUAGAAAAGGGGCAGAAACUAUAGGUACUUUUAUUCCUUCUACAGAAGAAUUUGAAUUAUUAGAAGAACUAAUAGAAAUUCUUUUUCUUUUUGAUGAACUCAGAUACUUUACAGAAAAAAGUAAUAAGGCUAUCCUUGUUAAAGAAAUGAUAUUAGACAAUUUAAUUAAACAUUGGGGAGAUCCAAGUGAAAAUAUGCAUCGUCAAUUUAAUGAACUUUGUCCAACACCAACCUCUGAUAAUGAUAUUAAUGAUGAUUCGAUUUUAGCAUUUUCACAUUCAUGGUCUUGCCCUCUAGAAUGGUGGCAUAAACACAAAACCCUCUUUCCUACUAUGACAAUUUUG